CACAAAUCAAGCCAAUAAUUCUGGAGUAUUUUUCUUCCCGCCGACAGCAUCCGCUGUCAUCAUCUCGCCGGAAUAAAACCGUGGAUCGGGCUGUGCCGCCUCAAUGCUGCUACGUGUACGAACCAGAGAGCGAGCGCAGCGCAAAUCCAUUUUGCCCUUCUCUGCGUUCUUGGAUACACACACAAAGACAACUACGUCCAAGAAUAAAAGAUGGAUCUCACCUCCUCAGAGCACCACAUCUCGUUCCAUAUCUCCGCCGCUCCUCGCUCAUAGGUACGCUUAGGCCCGUGCCAUGGCAGACGUAAGCUUCUUCGUUGGAAUUCUCGGUAAUGUGAUCUCCAUACUGGUCUUUGCCUCUCCGAUAGGCACUUUCCGGAGGAUUGUGAAGACGAAGUCCACUGAGAGCUUCAAAGGGCUUCCUUACAUCACCACCUUGCUCAGUACCUCUCUAUGGACUUUCUAUGGCCUCCUCAAGCCGGGAGGCCUCCUCGUCGUGACCGUCAAUGGCGUCGGCACCGUGUUGCAGGCCAUCUAUAUCAUUCUCUUCCUCAUCUACGCUCCCAACGACACGAGGGCGAAGAUGGCGAAGUUGGUGGGGAUGCUUAACGUGUGUUUCUUUGGGGCCGUGGUGGUGGUCACCCUCCUUUCGGUCCAUGCCAGCAUGAGGCUUCUUGUGGUGGGUUGUCUGUGUGCAGCACUGACGGUUGGGAUGUAUGCUUCACCCAUGGCAGCGAUGAGCACAGUGGUGAAGACAAAGAGCGUGGAGUACAUGCCCUUCUUCCUCUCCUUUUUCCUGUUCCUCAAUGGCGGGGUUUGGAGUAUCUACUCGGUGCUUGUAAGGGACUUCUUCAUCGGUGUUCCCAAUGCUAUUGGUUUCGCCCUGGGCUCAGCGCAGCUGGUCCUCUACGCGGUGUACAGGAGGAAGAAACCGGCGGCAAAGGCGACCGAGCUGGAGGCGGAGGAGGAGGGAUCGGCUCACCUCGUCGACCAUGUCGAGAUGCAAGGAUUCGAGGAGAGCAACAAGGCGUCCCAGCACAAGCACCUGAACAAAGGGAGCAGCCUACCGAAGCCGUCGGCGGUGUCCCGCCAACUGAGCUUCCAAAAGAUCGUGAAGUCCGUCUCGUUGACUCCUCUUGAGCUCCACUUUAUCUGGGACCAGAAUGAUCACACGGCCAACUGAGGUGCCGGAAUCCGUCAAGAUGGAGCUCAACAUAGAAGAUGUAGGAUAUAUAUCUUUGUUAGGGAUGGAGCUCCAUAUAGUUUUACUUGAUAGGGUAACUUAUGUAGGCUUCUUUGAUCAAUGAAUCAAAAUGUACCAUGCCAUAAGAAUUA